UCGCCAAGAGAGUGACGCAUUCAUACUUGACGACUCGCUCACUCAACAUCCCGGUCAGAUCCAGCGCUGGUAACAUCAGGCUCAUACCAGUUCGUUUCGACCCUUGUGUCGUGAUUUCGGGAAAUCUUCGUGCUCAUCUGUUUGAUUUUUGACUCGAGGUGCAAUAAGUGGUUAAUUAAAUACCCAUUGUCAGCAAAUCACAGGAAAAGAAAAGCCUGGGGAAACUGAGAAGAACUCACCAACCCGAGGACAAUGGCUACAGUUCAUAAUACACCCGUUAAUGUGCCUCCUUUUAACUGGAAACCUAAACUCUUCCCCUUCAACCCGAGCCUUGAGGAUGAACUCAAUCGACUUUUUUCAGAAUUCUGCUUGAGCCACGUGCCAACCCGGCCGACUCAAAAUGAUGUUUGGGAUGACUUCAAACAGAAUGGACGUGACUAUGAAUACUGUUCAGAUCAAGAAGAUACAAUAGUUGUACGGCAUCACAACAAGAAGAAAAAUAAAAAGCCACUUCCAACAGAAUGUGUAUUUUGUAAAAAUAAUGGUGAAGAUGCUAAAAUUUACAAGAAACAUUUACUGAAAGAUUUUGAGGGCAGAACUAUUUGUCCAAUACUUAGGAAAUAUACCUGUCCAAUCUGUGGUGCAAAAGGAGACAAUGCACAUACUCUUAAGUAUUGUCCUCUUAACAAACAAAAUCAUUCAGUAGCUCCAAUGAAUGCUUUAAAAGCAUUACGAAAUUCAACUGGACGUCGCCGUUCAAAGUAAUUGAAUCUAUUCAUAUUUAUUGCCCAGAUAGUUUGCAACAAGUAUGAUUUAAAUAUUGUUGCAUUUAGUUUGCUUCAUGUUAAGUCUAUGACAGACAGAAUGUUCAAUUUUGAAUGGAUCAAAAAUCAUUAAGCACUUAGAUUUUCUCUAGAUUAGAAUAACCAAAUUACUGAAAUGUCAUUAAAACUAAUCAAUCAGUCCAAUUAUUCAAAAAUUGAAAAAAAUAAUUUAGAAAUAAUGUUGUUAUAUAUUAACAAGGAAAAUUUUUAUUUGAAGGAGGAAACAAAUAAAAAUUUUCUUGAAGAUUUACUGUCUAGCGUGAAUGUAACAAAGUUGUAUUUUUAUAGUUUUAUGUAUUCGCUGUAUAUCAAACUUGCUCAUAAAACUCAUCAUUCAUGCAUUAAUGUAAAAGUAUAUACUGAUCAACACUAGCAUCCUGAAUUGUUCUUAUCCAAUUGAUAGUUGAACUGUUUAUAUUAUGGUAGAUAUUGAAAACAUUAGAUUAUCUGAAAAAAUCUUGUUUGAAACCAAUAUGAUAUGUUAUUAAUUAGUCAGUUUGAAAUAAUAUGGGAUGCUGAAAGCAUUUCAGAAUUACAAAAAUAUCUGGUUUCACAAGAAUAAUCAAUAGUCCUAUCCGCCAAACGUUCUUGAUUGAACAGUAGCUUUAAAUCACACAUUUCAUUGUAAUUAUUUAAAAAUCUAUGCUUCAAAAAUUACGUAAACUGAUUAUAUUUUGAGAAUCAAGACAAUAUAAAACUAGAAUUUCAAAUUAGUCUAUUCGAUUAUUUAAACUGCUUUACAUAUAAUGAUGAUGUCACGCCUCAGAAAUGAUUUUAUUUAUUCAGAUUUUUUAACAUGAAUAAAAAGAUGUUACUGUGCUACAAAAAAAUUUAUAUUCACAUUAAUCUACAUUUCCAUAUUUUUAUAGAUAUCUUUGUAAUUAUAAAUUUCAAAGUAAAACAUGAAAGUUUAAAGGACAAGACAUUUUUUUCAGAUACCAAUACAAAUGUUUGUGUAUUCUUGUUUUUCUAAUCGAACAACAAAUGGUGGUAGGCUUUUUCAAUUUUUAAUUAGAAUAAAAAUUUAGUACUGUAUUAUUCAAUAAAACAUAAUUUAUUCAUUAUUUAAUAUAAAAAAUUGUGAAGAUACAUUGUGCUAAAAUUAUCAAGUUUUUAUACUUUUAAUAUUAAGCACACACUUAUAUCAGUAAGAUUUUGUAUUUGUUUUAAGAUCAAAACAUACUGUAAUUUCUACAGUUCAUUUUGUAUUUUUUUGGUUCAAAAGUUAUAAAAUUAGAAGUUUUUAGGCGUUCAAAAAGUUGAUAUAAGCUACAGAUUUCAUUUGAAUGACAGUUUUUUUAAUUUAUAAUAAGUAUUUGUUAGCUUUAUAGAUGAUUGUGAUGAAAAUAAGCUUAAUUCGAUAGAUUAAUAACUUCUAAAAUUUAUAGAUUAAUCCAUUGACAUUUCACUCAAGAUUGAUUAAAAUAAUUUUUA